AUGCCGAAACAAGGAGAGCAGCUCGACCAUGGCGGCCUGCUAACGACAUCCAUGCUCGAUGCUGCAGAAGCGAAGCGCACAAGCCGUGCAUUCUUGCCUGAAGGAGCGCCGACAGAUGAUGAGGAAGAUGCGGUCAGCAGGAGGCAGCUGAAGCUUCGAGUGGAGAUGUUGGAACGUGAGGUGGCAAGGAGGAACUCGCAGGUGGACGAGCAGGUGGACAUGUUGCGACAAGCCGUUGCCAACCUCAUCCGAAGAGUAGAGCUGCUCGAGGCUCCAGACCUCGCGUGUCAUCCCUCGCACGUCGCCACGUCAGCAGCUGAGACCCCAAGAGGGGCGCCAGCCUCUCCUCCAACUCUUGGAGACGAGGGAGGGUCGUCAACGACAGCUAGAAAGGUAGAGGAGACGUCAACGACAGCUACCAAGGUAGAGGAGACGUCAACGAAAGCUACCAAGGUAGAGGAGGUUCCGGUGGGAGGAGCGGCUGGGAUGAAGCUCGAGGCCUCAAAGAGUGCGAGGAGCAGCUUGACUGCUGCUGGACAAGAGCGAUCAAGGAGCAGCUCUUGCAAGACUGAAGCCUCAAAACAAGCAAGGAAGAGCGUGGAGAGGCUCCGAAGCAUCGGAGACAAGCCUUCCUCUCCUCGACCCUCUAGCAUCAAUCAACCUGUCAGGAGCAGCUCGGCGAGGGGCGCGAGGGUCUCCAGGUCCUCCGUGCGGAGUAUCGCCAUGGAGGAGGAGGCAGCAGAACGUCAGGUCGGGAGGGAGAGGAAUUCGACUCCCCACCUGGCUCAAGAGCUUAACAAGGCCGCAAGCUCCAUGCCCACCAAGAGCUUGCAACUGAAGCACGUGUUGGGGUUGAGGUGUAAAGACACGUGGGCAGCCCUGCUCGUCUUCUUCGCUGCUGCCCUUGGCGUCGUUCACGAUCUCACGACCAACAGACAGACUUUCUUCAGAGGUCACGAUGCAGAGAUAAAGUGCAUAGCGAUGCAUCCAGACGGACUAACGCUGCAUAAGGAGCUCGUGGCUACAGGCCAAGGAGCGGGAAGGAGCGGGCAGAAGCCCUUUCUCUGCGUAUGGAGCUCCAGCAGCUGCUGCCUCGUCACGAGCAUGGGGAGGGGAGACCUACCGCAAGCCCUCACAGCUCUCGCUUUUUCUAGGUCGGGUGCUAAGCUAGCUUCCCUUUGCUCGGACCCCAAGAACUGUCUGGUGGUGUGGGACUGGCAGGCGGGCGUCAAGCUGGCGAAAGCUCCAGCCCAUACGGACGGGGCAGCGCUGAGUGUGAAGUUUUCAGAGAGACGAGAGGACGAACUUCACAAGGAAAGCCUCCUUGACCGAGAGGAGGAGGAGAUGCCCAUGACUUUGAAGUCUCGCACGGGAACUUUCGGAGCCUUCGAGCAGCCCAACUUCGUCAGCUGCCUCGUGUGCCUGCCCAAUGGCACAACUGCCAGCGGCACGACGGGAGGAGACAUCUACCUCUGGCAGGACGCGCGCGUCAUGGCGGCGGUGAGGAGCGCGCAUGCGGGCUCGACCAUCAGCAUGGUGCUGCAUCCGUCAGGGCGACUAGUGACGGGAGGAAGCGACGGCUGCGUGCGCUACUGGAACCUCUCGAGCCCCAUGGGCAUGCAGCUCGAGGAUGCGGAGAGCGUUGGCUUCUCCAUGCCCGGUGCUUCCAUCCGCGCCAUGGCGUACGUGGCGCCUUCACUGCUGGGGGACUACCAGGGAGGAAGCAUGCUGGUGGGGACGGGGGGAAAUGAGCUGCUGCUGCUGCGAGAGAGGACGGGAGAAGUUCUGUCGGUGCUGCAGGGACACAAGGAGGAGGUAACGGCUCUGUGCUGCCAUCCUGCGGCUCAGGUGGCUGUCACGGGAAGUCGCGACGGGGGGCUGAAGCUCUUUGACCUGCUCAAGCUCGAGCUGCUCCGAGCUGAAAACUUCCCGACGGGUGUGGAGGCACUGGCGCUCUCGCAUGACGGGCGGAUGCUGGCAACGGCGACGAGCGACGGGAGGAUCCUCGUGCUGGAGCUCGCGAGCCUUCGGCCCCUCCUCUCGUUCCACGACGGCAGGACGGAGAAAGCUGCUGGGGCCACGAAGAAGGAACGAGCUGGUUUCUCUUCCCUUCGCUUCCUCCUCGACGACUCCGCUCUCCUCGCUGGUGGUUUCGACGGGAGCGUCUGCCUCCUCCCCAUCCGUUCAGCGCUCAAGACCCUCUUUUCCUCCUCCUCUCCUUUUCCCCUCCUCCUCGACACGCAAGACGGCAGCCGUUGCGGGGCACAUGGAGGAGCAGUGGCAGCCCUCGACGUCUCCUCGUGCGGGCGAUACGCGCAGAGCUGCGGAAGAGACAUGACGGGGGUGGUGUGGGAGGUGGGAGGCGGCGGCGGCAGGCUGCUGCUAGCGGGGCGGACAGAGCUGUUCCAGGAGGUGAAGUGGGAGACACAGACGUGCUUGGCGGGACGUGAGAUGGAGGGACUGAGACAAGAGGAGAAGGAGAGGAGAGGAGAGGGAGGCGAGAGGGGUCACCAGGAGGACAGGGACAGGGGUACUCCUUCUUGCGUAGACCGGUCCCGGCAAGGAGACUUGCUAGCGGUGGGGGAGAAAGGAGGGCAGCUGAGCCUGCUGUCCUUCCCCGUGCUCUCGUCCUCGGCUCCUCGUCGAAGCUACGGGAACCACGGGGGGAGGAUCAGGCGAGUGACUUUCAGCUGCGAUGACUCGCUGCUGCUCUCCACGAGCGGGAGCGACGGCUGCCUGCUGCUAUGGGAGGUCAUGGACCAUCUGUUCUAG